CCACGUCCUGUCCUCUCCCUUUCCCUUUCUUGCAAAACAACGGCGCGGACACAAACACCCUCCACGUUUUUAGUUUUCCUUCUCUUCUCUUCCCUUCUGCAUCCAUUGCCCUUGUUUCGAUUUUGAAAAACACAGAGAGAGAAACUUCAUUUGCCUUCCUUUCCUUUUCUCUCUAUUUGUUCCUUUGCUUUUAACUCACAAACCUUCCUUUCACGUCUUUGGAUGCUGUUUCUUUGUUUCUUCCUCUUGUUUUUUCUUUUCGCUUUCUGUAAAACCAGGUGGUGGUUUUAGGUCUAUUAUUAUUACCUGUCAUUCUGUCUUCUUAUUUAUUUAUUUUCUUCUUUUAAAUCUAGGAGUUUGGUAGGAGGGUUUUGGUUCUGCAGAACAAUAAAGUACGAGGGGGUGUUGUACCUGGAUCGUUACUUUCUGAUGAGAAUGUGUUACUGAAGAGAGAUUUCAGCUCUUCUUGUCUAUCUCUCUCUGUAUAUGAGCUGUUUACUACUAGUCUGCAUGCUAGGGAGUAAAGAAGAUCUGGGGGUCGCUUGAUUUUUCUAACUGGGUUUUGCAGUUGAUCGGAAUGGAAGAUGAGGGUGUUCAAUUUUAAGAUGAAGGCGGCUGGUCUGCAACUCGCGUGAAAGAUUUUAACGUUAUCCCACAAAUGGAUUGAAAUAGAGGUUGCAGCCCAUUUUGGCCGCAAUGUUAAAACCUUUAGCUCCUGGGCUGCUCUUGCUCUCUUUGCUCCUAAUAUCAGUAUCUGCAAACGACAAUGGGUUUUCCCGGUGUAAUUGUGACGAUGAGGGCAGUUUAUGGAGCAUAGAGAACAUUCUAGAUUGCCAAAAAGUGAGUGAUUUCUUAAUUGCUGUGGCCUAUUUUUCGAUCCCUAUUGAGCUUCUUUACUUCGUUAGCUGCUCGAAUGUCCCGUUCAAAUGGGUCCUUUUUGAGUUCAUUGCCUUCAUUGUUCUUUGUGGAAUGACCCAUUUGCUCAAUGGCUGGACCUAUGGCCCUCAUCCAUUUCAGCUCAUGCUUUCCCUCACUGUCUUCAAGAUUUUAACUGCCUUGGUCUCAUGUGCCACCGCUAUUACACUCUUCACUCUAAUUCCUCUCCUUCUUAAAGUGAAGGUAAGAGAAUUCAUGUUGAAGAAAAAGGCCUGGGAUCUUGGCCGUGAAGUUGGGAUUAUAAUGAAGCAGAGAGAAGCCGGAUUGCAUGUUCGUAUGCUUACUCAAGAGAUUCGGAAAUCACUUGAUAGGCAUACUAUUCUUUAUACAACUCUGGUUGAGCUAUCUAAGACACUGGGCUUGCAGAAUUGUGCAGUGUGGAUGCCUAAUGAGAUGAGAACAGAGAUGAGUUUGACCCAUGAGUUGAAUGGAGGUAAUUACUCAGAUAUGGAUAAUUAUCCGAUACCAACUACUGAUCCCGAUGUUGCUAGGAUUAAAGGAAGUGAUGGAGUGAACAUACUUAGGCCUGAAUCAGCCAUCGCUGCUGCAAGCAUUGGUGACUCUAGUGAGCCAGGUCCUAUUGCUGCAAUUCGAAUGCCAAUGCUUCGUGUUUGCAAUUUCAAAGGGGGAACUCCUGAGGUAAUUCAGGCUUGUUAUGCAAUAUUGGUACUGGUACUUCCAGGGGGACAGCCUAGAUCUUGGACCAACCAAGAACUAGAGAUAGUUAAAGUGGUAGCUGAUCAGGUGGCUGUGGCUCUCUCCCAUGCUGCAAUUCUUGAAGAGUCCCAGCUUAUGAGGGAAAAGUUGGAAGAACAAAAUCGAGCCUUGCAACAGGCAAAAAUGAACGCAAUGAUGGCUAGCCAGGCUAGGACAGCAUUUCAGAAGGUAAUGAGUGAUGGUAUGAAGAGGCCUAUGCACUCCAUUUUAGGCCUGAUUUCAAUGAUGCAGGACGGUAAUCUGAGUACUGAGCAACGGAUCCUUGUUGAUGCAAUGAUGAAGACUAGCAACGUCCUAUCAACGUUGAUAAAUGAUGUGAUGGAAAUUUCAACAAAGGAUAGUGGAAGGUUUCCACUGGAGAUGAGAUCUUUCAGGUUACAUGCUGCUAUCAAAGAAGUUGCUUGCCUUGCCAAGUGCUUAUGUGUUUGUAGAGGCUUUGGUUUUUCAAUUGAGGUUGACAAAUGCUUGCCUGAUCAUGUCUUGGGUGAUGAGAGGAGGGUUUUUCAAGUGAUUUUGCAUAUGGUUGGUAACCUGCUGGAUGGCACUAACAGAAGAGGGUCUGUGCUUCUUCGGUUUUCCUUAGAGAAUGGAAGUCAGGAAAGGAACGAUCAUAAAUGGUCAGCCUGGAGGCAUAGCUCAUCUGAUGGUGAUGUAUAUAUCAGAUUUGAAAUCACAGUGAACAAUGAUGGUUCUGAAUCAGAGGGUUCAAGUUCGGUCAUGCAGGUUGGUGGCAGGAGAUAUGCCAGUGAUGGAAUUGAUGAGGACUUGAGCUUCAGUAUUUGCAAAAAGCUGGUUCAGUUGAUGCAAGGGAAGAUCUGGGUAGUCCCUGACUCUCAAGGUUUUCCUCAAAGCAUGGGGCUUGUUCUUCGAUUUCAACUUCGGCCAUCUAUUUCAAUAGCCAUAUCUGAAUCUGUAGAUUCUUUGGACCACCCACAUUCCAAUUCUCUUUUCAGAGGCAUGCAAGUUUUGUUAGCUGAUGCAGAUGAUGUGAACAGAGCUGUGACCCGGAAACUGCUUGAGAAGCUAGGUUGCUGUGUUGCUACUGUUUCAUCUGGAUAUGAAUGUCUUAGCAUCAUUGGGCUGAAUACAUCUUCUUUCCAAAUUGUUCUGUUGGAUCUUCAGAUGCCCGAAUUAGAUGGAUUUGAAGUUGCAUCAAGAAUCAGGAAGUUCAGAAGCCGUAGUUGGCCAUUAAUUGUUGCUCUAACAGCAAGUGCUGAUGAAGAGAUGUGGGACAGAUGUUUGGAGAUUGGAAUGAAUGGUGUGAUUCAGAAACCAGUUAUGCUUCAAGGAAUUGCUAAUGAGCUUAGAAGGGUGCUUGUGCAUGCAAACAAAGUUAUCUGAUGACAUUCUUUACGUAAGUUAUAUGAUUGCAGUAGAAAGAUUCUUGGGAAACAGUUUUGGGGUCUGAUAAAAUUAGGCCAAAUGGCUAAAAUUAAUGGCCUCCCUCGUGAAAGUCCCACCAACCUUCUAGCAUAGAAAUGUUUACGUAUACAACAAUUUCGUAUACAGUGAGUGACAAUGGUAUACAAACUUAGCUCCUUGCCUAAUGAUAAUGAUAAUUGCAAACAGAGAUGCACAUAGUUGUCUUCAUCUGUGCUCUUAAGUGAUCAGACAGUGUUGUGCAAGUGGUAGAGGGAACAGUAGUAUUUCUUGCACAUCCUGGAGCAGAGGUGAAUAACAGAACAUAGCGAGCUAGAAUUUAAAACCUGGCAACCAUCAUAUAUUGUAGACAAGCGAUAUUGCAUUGGAGAACAGCUUCAAAUAGAUGAUUGUUAUUAUUAUUAUUACUAUUUAUUGAAAAGUGGUGAUGUGCAUGGAAUUGAUAGUCUAUAUAUGUUGGUAUAUGCAUGUAUCAUUUUCUUAAAGGACAUGUAUAUCCACAAGUUUAAUGGGAAGGGUUUUCAUGCA